UCAUGCUGCUGCCAGGUCCAGAGUCUCUCAUGGGGUCCCUGUACGGCCUCCCAUUGCUGCUGUCUCCAUCGCCACACUCUGCCAUGUGCCACUUUCAGGUCUCCUCACACUGCUGGUGUGUUCCAUUUUUUUUGUCAUAGGGUGCUGGCAGAUUACGGGCCUCCCAUUGCUGCUGCCAGGCCCGUAAUCUGCCAUGGGCCCCUGUACCGCCUCCUCAUGCUGCUGCCAGGUCCAGAGUCUCUCAUGGGUCCCUGUACGGCCUCCCAUUGCUGCUGUCUCCAUCGCCACACUCUGCCAUGUGCCACUUUCAGGUCUCCUCACACACUGCUGGUGUGUUCCAUUUUUUGU